AAUAAGGUUUGUUAAUUCAAAUUUGCUUAUUGCAGUAAAUAUAGAUUUAAAAAAUUUUAUGUUUCAAAGUGUUUUGGUUUGGUAAAAAGUGAACUUUGUAAUAUAUUAUUUAAAAAGUCAUGAAAUGGAUGAUGGAAAAGUUACAUCUGAGAACCAUGUAUAUUCACCGUUUCAAUUAAAUAAAUCUUUUGAUAAACCAUUGAAAAUAGUUAAUGGUACAAAUGUUUUUGACAAUGGCAAUGUAUAUGAAGGCACAUCUGGUUCUGACCAACCAAGUUCUCCAAAUUUAAUAAGCUCUAGCCCUUUUUCAUUUAGUCUUAAAAAACUAGGCAAUUAUUCAUUGCCUCCAAGUAACACGAACUUGAAUUCUUCUUUACAAAGUGUACAAAAAAUGAAUGAUUUGCAGCAAGAAAACUUAAAUCUUAAAAAAGAAAUAGAAGCUAAAGAAACUAAGUUAAGUUCAACUGUUAAAAGUAUAAAACAAUUUUGGAGUCCAGAAUUAAAAAAAGAAAGAUUAGCAAGAAAAGAAGAACGAGAAAAAAAUCUUGAGUUAAAAGAACAACUCAGCAUUGCUAAUACUCAAAUUCAGGAGUACAAAAAAACAUUGGAAGAUCUUGAGCAUGAACUAAAUGCACAACAACAAAAGUCAAAAAACCUAAUGCAAAAGUUAGAAGAACAGAACAAAAAUACUUUGUAUAACAAUUUAAAAGAACAAUUUGAUUUACAAGCAGAUAAAAUUUUAUCAUUGAGUUUAAUAAAUAAGUCAAACGAAGAAAAGAUUUCAUUAUAUACAUCUGAAAAAAAAACUCUUGAAGACAAAAUAUACCAACUUCAAUCUCAAAUUGAGAAUAACUCUAUCAAUAUGUUGAAUGAAAGUCAGUAUAUCUCAAACAAUAAAAAGUUUGAAAAGCAAGAAGAAGAAAUUAGUUUGCUAACAUUAACUCUAGAUGAGUUAGAAGCUAAGUAUAAUGAGUUACUUGAAGAUAAUGAGGAGAAAAACAAAUGUAUAAGUGACCUUGAAAUUAUUCUUGUUGAUAAAGAACAAAAAGAACAGUAUCAUGAAAGUGUUUUAAUUCAGUUACAAACUUGUCGUAAUACAAUUGAAAGUCAAGAGGAGGAGAUUUUAAAAUUAAAAUAUGAUAAUGCAAUCUUAAGAGAAAGUGAAAGAAGAAACCUAGAAAGUUUAUCAAAUUUGGAAAAAUGUUUAACUGACAAAGAAAUGCAAAUAACUAAUAUCAGUAAAGAAGUUCAAGAGUUGCGUGCAAGAGAACAUAACCAAAUUGAGCAUAAUAAAAAAACAGAGGAGUUACUACUUUCCAAGGACAAGCAAUUUGAUAUACUUCAAAAGGAGGUGAUUACCUUUUGUUUGCAGUCUAAAAUGAUGCUUGAACUCCUACAACAAAAGUUACAGGAUAAUGAGAUGAAACUAAGCGAUAAUUCUAAAGAUGAUGAAAUCAAAAUACUAAAUGAAAAUGUAGAGCAGCUGAGUACAAAGUUGAAGGCAGCUGAAUUGCAACACUCUGAAAGUGUAAAAAAAUUGUCAAAAGUUAUGGAAGAAUUAGGUGAUCUUAAAAAUAGGAUGUCAUCGAAAGAAAAAGAGCUCAAAGAGAAUCAAGCCAAGGUAGAGCAGUUGAAUACUAAGUUAAAAACAGUUGAAUUGCAAAACUCCGAAAGUGUGAAAAAAUUAUCAAAAACUAUGGAAGAGUUGGGUGAUCUUAAAAAUAAAUUUGCUUCAAAAGAAAAAGCACUCAAAGAGCAUCAAAUCAAGAUAGAGCAGUUAAAUACAAAGUUAAAGACAGCUGAAUUGCAAAACUCUGAAAGUACAAAAAAACUAUCAAAAGCUAUGGAAGAGUUGGCUGAUAUUAAAGAUACAUCGUCUUUAAAAGAAAAAGAACUCAAAGAGCAUCAAAUUAAGUUAUCUUCCAUAAAUGAUGAACUAUCAAGCAAAGAUGCUAUCAUUCUAACAUGUAAUGAAGAAAUCAAAGAAUUAAAAAAUGCAUCUUUAAGUUUUAAAAAGACUGUUGAUGCACUUCAAGCUGAUUUAUCUGAAAAAAACUCUUUGAUAGUUCGCUUUAAGAAAGAAAAAGAAACACAACUAUCAAAAACUGUAUCUUUUGUUGUUUACGAAGACAUGAAGAGAGAAUGUGAAUCUUUGAGUUCUGCUAAUCUACAACAGAAGAAGACUCUAGAAGAUCUUCAAAAUAACUUGAAAUCAGCAUUGGAAACAAAUAGUAAACUAGAAUCAGAAAUUGAAAAUUAUAAAAUAGAAUUGGUGAAGAUAAAUAUGGAAUAUACAGAAACAAAAGAACAAUACAAAGAGUUUGAACAAAUUAACAAUGAUUUAAAAAGAGAUCUACAAGAUUCAAGAACAAAAAUUGAGAACUUUGAGAAGCAAGAAAGAAGAUCUUUAUUAAUUAGUGACAAAAAAAAAGCAGAAGAUAAUCAAAUAGUGAAGCAGUUGCAGGAUGAAAAUACGCAAAAGUUAAAUCGCAUUAUUGAAUUAGAAAAACAAGUCGCAGAAAAAGGCAAACAGUUAGCAUUAAUAAAGAAAACUCAGAACUUUGAAAAAGAAAAACAACAUUUACUUGUAAAUGAAAAAUUGAAAACAGACAUUGAAGUAAAAAAUCAAGUUGAGGAACUAAAGAAUGAGAUUGCAAAAAACAAAGAAAGAAUAACGGUAUUAGAAGAUGCUCUUAGAGAAAGUGUUAAUGUUGUCAUUGAAUGUGAAAAUAUAUCAGCAAGUAAAUCUGAAUUUUCUCAAUUUGAGAAAGCAAUCACAAAUAUAAAAAAUGCUUUUUUAAUAUUUUUGAUGAGUGAAAAAGAUGCACUCAUUCGUUCAAUGAUAGCAACUCGAAAAAGACAUUCUGAUGAAUUGCAAAAUAUAAGGGUAAAUAAUUUGUUAUCUUCAAUCUCUGAAAAAGACACACAAAUUGCACAUUUCGAACUGUCAAAUUCAAAGAUCAAGCGUAAUGAAAUUAUCCAAUUAAAAAAAGAUAAAGAAAAGUUAAUGGAAGAGUUAAAAGAACAGAAUAACAAUAGAGUUUCGGAAACUAAUCUAGAUCCAAAUGAAGAUUCAAUCUUAUUAGAACUUCGUGAUGCUCCUUCAGAGCAGGUAUACGAAGCUGUACGCCAUCUUUGCACUAAUAAUAGUAGGCUAGAAUUUUAUAUUGAAGAAUUUUGGGAACAUACAAAAGACAUGUGUAUUGAAUUACUACACAGCAUUGAAGAGCCACCUCAAAAAAGUGCAAAGUUUACGAAGACUGAAAAACUUUCUAAAGAUGAACUUAUGAAAGAAUUGAAGUUAGUGACUGAUCACAGUGUGAAUUUAAAGAAAUACGUUUAUGGAUUGCUCUCUAAACUUGAAGGCUGACAUUAUUUUGUGUUUAAAAAUCUUAUUUUAUUAUUUUAGUGCUAUCUGUAAUUCUUUAAUAUUUCUUGCUAUGCACAAGAAAAUUUCACUUUUGAAAUUAACCAAACAAAAAAAUUGUUUUGUUAAGUCAGGAUUGUCUAACAAAAAAAUAGUCUUAUUAAAUCGAUUUUACUUAUAAAUAUUAAAACAUAUAUUUUUGUAAUUUUUUAUAGAAUUUGAUAUUUAUAUUUUCUUGCAUUUUUUAUAUAUGUAUAUAAAUAAAUUUUUUAUUAAAUGAAUGAAACACUUAGUAGUAAACUGACAAUUAUUGUCAAGACUAAGAAUCCUUAAAAUACAAUGUUUAUAGACUAUAUAUAUUUAUAAAGUUGUAUUAUGUAUUUUGUAUAAUUUGGCAUAUAAAGCUUAUUUGCAAGAUUAAACUUUAAUGCUCCG